AUGUCGUUCCUGUCGCCGACGGAUUUCAACGUGGAGGAGACGAGCAUUCUCGUGAAGGUAAAGGUUUCGCGUCGCCGGUUAUACCUCACUCUAGGUGUGCAGGGCACCCUCAUCGCCGUCACGUCCUUCGUGCCAGACGAGCACGGCCAACCUGGCGAGGUUGAGUUGAGCGGCAAGGUCCUUCCUGGCGACGUCUUAGUGCGAGUCAACGCCACGUACAUCAGGUCGGGGAUGACGCCCAGUAACGUGGCGGAUAUUGUGAACUCUGCGCCUCGGCCCAUGACGCUGUGGUUCGAGCGCGCAUCGUGGGACGUUCUAGACGGCAAGGCGUAG